AUGAUUAAUGAGGAAAUGAUAUAAAGUCAAUUUAAAAUUUAAGUCAAAAAAUAUGAAAAGUUUAUUAAGGUAGAUUCUAAGAUACUUAAAAGAAAAGAUUCAAAUCCUAAAAAGUUAGAAUUAAUAACUAAAUAUGGAGAUUUAACCUAAUUAGGAUUUACAAAACAAAAUAAAUUGGAUAUCAAUAAAUCAAAAUCCACCAUAAAAAAAUCAAACUUUAAAUAUAAGUAUUGA